AGCAAUUUAGUUGUUCUAGAACCUUGAAGUCUUUAUGUUCUUAAGCUGUUUCAGGGUGUACAAACUUUGUUGGUUCGGACUGUAAGUAGUGCAUUGAAAACAGAAUAAUCAGAAUGUUAAUCUUGACUCAAAACACUGCAGAAUGAAGGUGGUCACCAAGUACAGAUUUAAAUAUGAGUACAAUCGUAGGUCCCAGAGCCACAAUGAACCUUUGUUUGGACUACAGCAAAGCCUCUGUUCUUUGGUGAUUCAACACAAACAGAGAUUUACAUGGUACUAGCGGUACAGAGCCCACCACAGAGCCCGAGCUUGCAUCGCUCAUUGAAAAGCACGAUGGAUACUUUCUCAGUUGACUGACAAAGCAAAACAGGAGCAACACAUUCGGACCAGCGGAGAAGAACCAAAAGACAGAUGGAGAUGAGUGCAAUCCCUCCAAAUACCCCAAAACGCAGUGCAGAAGAAGAAGAUGCACUGGCACCUCAGGUACUGGAGAUUCUCAGUGGGAUCAGCAUUGAAGCCUUUAAGACUCUGAAGGAACCUGAAGAUAGAGAUGUGUGGACCCUGGAAGAGGGAGAUGACUCUGUGUUUUACAGUGAUGAGGAGCAAGCUCAGCUGAACAUCGUUACUGCAUCUACUGCAUCAACCGGCAUCAAGUGCCGACAUCUUGCAAACACUGUGGCAGAUGAACCUAGCCAUCAGAGAGAGGUAAAGGCAGGGGAAGAACAUGAAGCCAAUAUUGCCAAAGAAAAUUUAGACAUGGGAAUGGAAAUGACCCAUCAGAUCACUUGGACCCAAGAAGAACCCCAAAAGUUUCAUACAGCCAAAGCUAAACUAAUGUUUGCAUUAGACUCUGGGGAACAAGGUGCUGAUUCUGAACAGACUCCAGGAGAGUUUAUGAGAAUGUGUAAGGAGUUUUUGCAGCCACACUGGACAACUGUAGAAAUGCAAGCUCACCCUGAACAAAAUGUAUCAGCGGAAGAGGCAAAUCGGCAAAUCAAAGAGGAAGAAGUGGAACUAGAAACUCACACACCAGCCCUAAGCUUUGAUGUACCUAAUGAGGAGAGUUAUGCAAGGCUGCACAGGGAGGCAAACUACCCAGACCAGCUGUUUGGUGCUGAAGGCCAGAAAUCAGGUGCUGGUCGGCUUCAAGUGGAUCAGAAAGCUGAGCAGGGUCCGAACUUUAAUGUCCAUGCUGGUCUUUAUCAAAACCCCCACCUGGGUUACUCCAGCCUGCCUUUGGUAAAGAAAUCUGGCUGCAGUGAGAGCCACCAGCAUUCAUUUAACCAUCUCACAUCUACCAAGUACAGCACCGUGUCCUAUCGCAGGAUCCGCAGAGGCAACACCCGUCAGAAGAUAGAUGAGUUUGAGUACAUGACAAUUAAUCACUAAGAAUCUGGUUUCAAUGUCCAUCUAAUGAAACCAUAACAGAAAAACAAAAGGAACAUGUGUGCUUUACAGUUUACACAGAAAUAUCCAAUGUAACACCCCAUUAUGUGCAAACCUUACAUGCAUACAUAACAGUCACAGUUAAGGUACUUGGCUCAAUAGAGCGAAAACAUCUCAUAUUUGUAAAGAAAACCGCUGAUUUAUAUUGUUACUAUUGGCUAUUAAGAUUUUUGGUAUGAGAAAUCCAGCGUUAAAAGUUUUAAAUUCCUCAGAAGUAACCUCAGUAAAUAACUAUUAAAAAGAAAUUCAAAUGGCAGAUGGAGGGAAAUAACAAAAUAUAUACUGUUGCACAUUCAUCAACUUGUUAUUAUUUUCACCUACUUUCACCAAAAAUGCAUUUUCAUUCAUGUCUUUUUCUUGAAAUGUUUGUGAUCAUGUAAUAAACUCAUGAAAUCAGA